GUUGUUGAUAUCAUAGAGGAAAUAAAUUUUUAGUAGUGAUUAGGUUGGGUGACUUGUGAAGUAUCUUCUGUUUUUGAAAUAGGAAUGACAUCUUCUACCUGCCUCCUUCUUAGGUCAAGUUUUGGCUCUAGGAGAAAAUAAAGGAGAACAUCAGAGGAAAUUGUUGCAUCUUCUGUGCUAGUAUAUUUACAAUCCCUGGUGUAUAGUAAGAAUCUGAGUUAAAAAAUUAAGCCUCUAAGGAGGUAAUGCAAAUUUCGUGAUUCAGGGUAUACAAUAAAGACUCCCUGAAGAUAUGAUCUAUUUGAGAGAUUCUGUGAAAGCACCUGCCUUUGUGUUCUGAUUCAAGUCCUUGAGACCUCUGAAUCCAGAAUAAAUCCCACUGUGUCCUGUCACCUGCUCUCUCUGGUAACAGUGAUAGUAAAGCUUUAGUUUCCUUAAAUGCAGAAUUGGGAUAAAAAUAGCACUUGCCUCCCAGGUUUGUUGUAAAGAUAAAAUGAAUUAUAUUUAUAAAACUCUUAGCAUCAUGCCUGGUCAAAGUAUGUGAUUAAUAAAUGCUAUUUCCUUUCCUUCAUCCUUUCAUUCUUUCCUUCUUUCCUUCCUGUCUUCACCUAACUCUGAAGACAAAUUCAAAAACUUCUUAGGGCAACUGUUUGGCUCAUAGGAACUUUUACAGAGAGUAGUCAGUCAUUGGGAAUCUUUACAACAAUGAGUUCCAAAGGGGACUGAGCUAAGAGUCCACAAGUUUGUUUCAUUUUUUCAUUCAAGAAGCAUUUAUUAAUCAUCUACUAUGUAUCAGGCACUGUUGAUAAUGCCUUGCCAUUGGAGGAUAGGGAAUGAAGAACUGGUUUCUCCUCUAAUAUGCCUUUUUUCCUGUUCCCACAGAUGCUGCUCAGAGGAAGAUGGCCACAGUAAAUGACUCCACUGUGACUGAAUUUGUCCUUUUAGGUUUAACUGACCAACUGGAGCUCCAACUCUUUCUCUUUUUCCUAUUCCUAGGGAUCUAUGUGGUCACCAUUGUGGGGAAUCUACUCUUGAUGAUUUUAAUUAAGCUAAAUCCACACCUUCAUACCCCCAUGUAUUUCUUUCUCUUCAACAUGUCUUUAAUAGAUUUGUGUUAUUCCUCUGUCAUCAUCCCUAAAAUGUUAAUGAACUUUGUGUCAGAGAAAAACAUCAUCUCCUAUUCUGGGUGCAUGGCUCAGCUGUAUUUCUUCUGUGUCUUUGUAAAUUCGGAGUCCCUUCUUUUGUCAGCCAUGGCCUAUGACCAAUAUGUUGCCAUCUGUUACCCACUGCUUUAUAAUAUUAAGAUGUCCUCUCAGAUCUGCUCCUUUCUGGUGUCUGGCGUAUUUGUGAUGGGGUUUGCUGUUGCCUUGGCCCAUACUGGAUGUAUGCUGAGGCUGUCCUUCUGUGCCAGUAACAUCAUCAACCAUUACAUGUGUGACAUACCCCCCUCCCCAGAACUCUCCUGCACCAGUACCUAUGUCAAUGAAUUAGUGGUUUUCAUUGUAACAAACAUUGAACUUGCGGUGAUUGGUUCUGCCAUUUUCCCCUCUUAUGCUUUAAUUUUUUCCACUAUUCUCCGCAUCAAUUCCAAUAGCGAUAGGUCUAAAGCCUUCAGCACUUGCAGUUCCCACUUAACUGCUAUUUUUCUUUUUUUUGGGUCAGGAAUUUUUGUGUAUCUUAAACCUUCUUCUUCUAAGUCUAUGAACCAGAGAAAAGUGUCCUCUGUGUUCUAUACCAUUGUGAUUCCCAUGUUAAGCCCUAUGAUCUAUAGCCUGAGGAACAAGGAUGUCAAAUUGGCCAUGCAAAAAACCUUGAGACCAAGAAUGAUCUCUUAAGGGCUCUGUGAGUGUUCUUAAGAGGACUUAAAGACCUAUUGAUUUUAUUGGACUUUCUUCAUGGAUACUCUUCUUGACUACAAUUUGAAUUUUAAGCCAUAGUCUGAAAUAGGUUCAUUUAUUCCUUAAAGAAGAUUUUAUCUAACAAAAGACUAUCUGGAAAUACUAUUUUACUUAAUAUGCUUUUCUAGGAUGCUUAAUUCUGAUUGUAUUCACAAAUUUUAGUAUAACUUUUCAUAAUAAAGGCUGUAGGGAAAGUUAAGGACUUGUCAUUUUAUAAAGAAGUAAUCACUAUAAAUAACAUUUAUAGAUGAGGUUGUAUUUUCCUUGGACAAAUGUUAUCUGCUAUGGACAAACCAGAAGAAAUGUUAAUGUUGAUAAAGGAACUGA